UGGUCUGAAACACCCUGUAUAUAAAAGAUCUGGAAGAAGAGAUGGAAAAAGGACAGGCCGGAGGAAUAGUAGUUGGCAAAGAAAAAUUCUGGACGAUAACAUACGCAGAUGACAUCGUUUUGUUGGCAGAGAGAGAAGCGGAUCUGAAAGAGAUGAUGGAGAGGUUCAGGAGAUACCUAGAGAAAAAGGAAUUGAGCCUUAGUCCGGAUAAAUCAAAAGUGAUGGUAUUCGAAAGUGGAAGAGGAAGAAAAAAGAGAAGAGAAUGGAAAUGGAGAGAGGAAAAUGUGGAAGAGGUCAAAGAGAUAAGAUACCUAGGAUAUAUGCUACAGAAAAACGGAGGUGCGGAGAAACAUAUAAGAGAGAGACUGAGAAGAGCAACAAUAGCGAUGAAGAGGACUUGGAACAUAGGGGAGAGAAUAUUCAAAGAAGACCAUAGAAGAAGAAUGAAAAUGUUUGAAGCACUUGUUGGAAGCGUAGCGUUAUAUGGAGCGGAAGUUUGGGGCUGGAAAAACGAAAAAACGUUAGACGGAGUAAAGAGGAAGUACGCGAAAUGGAUUCUAAACUUGGACAGAGGAACACCGAAUUACAUAUUAUUGGAGGAGACAAAGAUGGAAGAGAUUAGAAUACAGGCGAUCAAAAGAGCACUAAAAUACGAGGAAAAGGCGAGAAAAUCAAAGAAGAAAAUAAUAAAAGAAUGCAUAAAAGAUUUAGAAAAGUGGCGACCAGGUGCAGAAGAAGGAAGAUGGGAAAGAAAGAGAAGAGAGGUGUUGGAGGAGGCAGGAGUAAACAAGGAAUAGCUUAGAAAGGAAAGAGAAGCAGGAAACGAGGAGAUGGCAGAGAACAUCUUGAAGGAACUAAAAAUUAAAGAGAGCAGAGAGAGACAACAGAAGAUAAACAAAUCCAAGUACAACACCAACUACAAGAUGAUUGCACAGGAAAAGAAACCAAAAUACUUGGAGGGGAGGAUGAAGAAAAAGGACAGAUGCUUGAUAGCCAGAUACAGAUGCGGGAAUGAAACGAAAGGGAGUCAGUAUUGGAGAGAAGAGGAGGAAAGGAGAUGCAGAGUAUGCAAGAAAGCAGAAGAAAGUUUGUACCAUAUAAUGAAAGAUUGCGAAGCAACAAGAAGCGAAAUGUCGAUAGAAGAACUCACUGGAGAAGAAGGAAAGGGCCUACAAGUAAUGAAAAAGAUAGAAGAGCUGAGGAAGGAGAUAAA